AUGGAUAUGCUUUAAACUCUUUAGCUAUGGAAAUAGAUUAAAACAACAUUGCAAUCCAAAUUCUCAGAUCUUAAGAGUACCUUUGACUCAAUUGAUUCAAAUAAAAACGGUACAAUUGAAUUGAAUGAACUAUCUCAAGAACUCAAUAAUAAUCAUGGUAUUACAUAGAAAGACUAGAUCCAAUCUAUCUUUUCAUACUUGAACAUAUCAAAAAGUGGGUAGAUUACAUUAGAAGAAUUUGAAAAAUAAUGGACAAGUGCAGAAUAAUAAAUUUAAUAGGAACAAAACAGAUAGUAAUUCUAAAAAUAGAAACAACAAGUCUAGUCCUACAUUUAAACAAAUUAAUAACUAAAAUCUUCUGUCAUCCAAAAAUCAAUCUUAUAAAAAUCAGGAUCUUCAUAAUAGUUUUCAGAUUUAUUUAACAGUUACAAAUCAAACAAUUCCCCAACUAAAUACAUAAAUAUCUAAGGAGAUUUUUCAAUCAAUUAGUUCAAUACUCCACCGCUUUUGGAUAGAAGAAAUUCUCCAUUAAAAGUUUUGUCCCCUCCAAAACCAGAGCAAUACCCAAAAACUAGAUAAGAAGCCAAAGACGAUAAAUUGAGAGAAAUGUAAAGACAAAUAUCUUAUUUAUUUAAUUGUAAAAAUGAGUAGAAAAAUUCAUCUCCAAGAUUGAAGUAAAAUUUAGAUACAUUUAUGAAUACAAUGAAAUUAGGCGGUGGUGGAGGAAGGAGAUCUAGUGGACAUACCUUCAGAUAUGAAAAUAAGACUUAGACUAUUUCACCUAAGCUAUCUGAUUAGAUUUCAUUGUAAAAUUAUGCUUAUCAAUUCAAUGACAUGAAAAUGCAAUUUAAAUAAACUUACACUGGAAAUAAAAGUAAUAAUAGUCUAAAGGGUAAUACAUUUUUUAGGAAAUGA